GGCCCCGACCCCCCCCCCCCGCCCCCGGCCCCCUCGCCCCGACCCUCCCCCGGCCCCCGCCUCGCCCCGCCGGCUUCCCACCACGGCCUCUCUCGGCGAGGAAACUCUGGCCUCCGCUUCCUCCUCCUCCGACUCGGACGCCGGCGGAGCCUCCCCGCCCCCGCGGAAGAAACCCCGAGCCUCGGCGGCGGAGGGAGCAGGAGAGCCCGGGGCUUCGGCAGGCAGAGCAGGCCUCUCCCCUCCGUCCUCGUCGUCCUCGUCCUCGUCCUCGUCGUCGUCGUCCUCCUCCUCCUCCUCCUCCUCCGUGGUGGUGGUGGUGGGCCUGCCCCCGGCCGCGGCCCCCGCCGCCGCCCCCCACCGAAGUAGCGGCCACAGCCUGGUCAGCGGCGGCAUCAUGCAGGCCAACGGGGCAGGAGGAGGAGGAGGCGGCGGCGGCGGCGGCGGAGGGGGCGGCGGGGGCCAGGGACAGACCCAGGAGCUGGCCUGCCUGUCGGCCCAGAACGGGGAGUCGUCCCCGUCGUCGUCGUCGUCCGCGGGGGACCUGGCCCACGCCAACGGGCUGCUGCCUUCCGCCCCCUCCGCCGCCAGCAACAAUAGCAACAGCCUCAACGUCAAUAACGGGGUCCCCGGCGGGGCGGCCGCCGCCACCGCCGCCGCCUCGGCCGCCGCCGCGUCCUCGGCCACCCCGGAGCUGGGCAGCAGCCUCAAGAAGAAGAAGCGGCUCUCGCAGUCGGACGAGGAUGUCAUUCGGCUAAUAGGACAGCACCUGAACGGCCUGGGGCUCAACCAGACUGUUGAUCUCCUCAUGCAAGAGUCAGGAUGUCGUUUAGAACAUCCUUCUGCCACCAAAUUCCGAAAUCAUGUCAUGGAAGGAGACUGGGAUAAGGCAGAAAAUGACCUGAAUGAACUAAAGCCCUUAGUGCAUUCUCCUCAUGCUAUUGUGGUAAGAGGCGCACUUGAAAUCUCUCAAACGUUGUUGGGAAUAAUUGUGAGGAUGAAGUUUUUGCUGCUGCAGCAGAAGUACCUGGAGUACCUGGAGGACGGCAAGGUCCUGGAGGCACUUCAAGUUCUGCGCUGCGAGUUGACGCCACUGAAAUACAACACGGAGCGCAUCCAUGUUCUCAGCGGCUAUCUGAUGUGCAGCCAUGCGGAAGACCUCCGGGCAAAAGCAGAAUGGGAGGGCAAAGGAACGGCUUCCCGAUCCAAACUGUUGGACAAACUUCAGACCUACUUACCGCCAUCGGUGAUGCUUCCCCCUCGGCGUUUACAGACUCUCCUGCGGCAGGCGGUGGAGCUACAAAGGGAUCGGUGCCUAUAUCACAAUACCAAACUUGAUAAUAACCUAGAUUCUGUGUCUCUGCUCAUAGAUCAUGUUUGCAGUAGGAGACAGUUCCCGUGUUACACUCAGCAGAUCCUUACGGAGCAUUGUAAUGAAGUGUGGUUCUGUAAAUUCUCGAACGAUGGCACUAAACUAGCAACAGGAUCAAAAGAUACGACCGUUAUCAUAUGGCACGUUGAUCUGGACACACACCUGCUAAAACUGCUUAAGACGUUAGAAGGACACGCGUACGGCGUUUCUUACAUUGCGUGGAGUCCGGAUGACAACUAUCUUGUUGCGUGUGGCCCAGACGACUGCUCUGAACUCUGGCUCUGGAACGUACAGACGGGAGAGCUAAGGACAAAAAUGAGCCAGUCUCACGAGGACAGUUUAACAAGUGUGGCUUGGAAUCCAGACGGGAAACGCUUUGUGACCGGAGGCCAGCGCGGCCAGUUCUAUCAGUGUGACUUAGAUGGUAACCUCCUUGACUCCUGGGAAGGGGUCAGAGUGCAAUGCCUCUGGUGCUUGAGCGACGGCAAGACGGUUCUGGCAUCGGAUACACACCAGCGAAUCCGGGGGUACAACUUCGAGGACCUUACAGAUAGGAACAUAGUACAAGAAGAUCACCCCAUUAUGUCUUUUACUAUUUCCAAGAACGGCCGGUUAGCUUUGUUAAAUGUAGCAACUCAGGGAGUUCAUUUAUGGGACUUGCAAGACAGAGUUUUAGUAAGAAAGUAUCAAGGUGUCACGCAAGGGUUUUAUACGAUUCAUUCAUGUUUUGGAGGCCAUAAUGAGGACUUCAUCGCUAGUGGCAGUGAAGAUCACAAGGUUUACAUCUGGCACAAACGUAGUGAACUGCCCAUCGCAGAGCUGACAGGGCACACGCGCACAGUCAACUGCGUGAGCUGGAACCCACAGAUCCCAUCCCUGAUGGCCAGCGCCUCCGAUGACGGCACUGUUAGAAUAUGGGGACCAGCACCUUUUAUAGACCACCAGAAUAUUGAAGAGGAAUGCAGUAGCAUGGAUAGUUGAUGGCGAGUGUGGAGCAGACGGCUUCUGUUUAACUUAAAAUUAGUCGUAUUUUAAUGGCUUGGGAUUUGGUGCAAACAAACAUGAUUGAUAGCUGGACAGACAUGCUCGUCAUGAAAAAAAGAACCAUUUCUGAAGCCCGAUUGGGGCCAAACAUUUACACCUUGCUUCAUAGUAACCAGUUGAGAUGAAGCACGUCGCUAGAACGUUGUUGGACGCCAUGUUGAAUCGCCCCCAUCGGUUGUGAAGGACUGUGCUACAUUCAGGCUUACCCACCGAACUCCGUAUAUAUAUUGUUUUCCCUCCCGCCUUUUGUCUGGUGGGACACCAUUCUUGUUGCUCUUCUGUGUAAUGAAGUUUAAAUGCUUGUUUGGAAAACUUUAUUUAACAGUUUAGAAGGCUUGAUAGAAGGAGUGCAUUAGUCUGAAGAGUACACAUUGGAUAGGAAAGAAUUUCCUUCUUUUGUUUCUCCAAAUCUUUCCGCCUUAUUUAGCUUGAGAUCUUUGCAGCUUGGUUCAUGGAUUCUAGCCUUUGCCCGUUGCGCAGUAGAUACUGAUCCAGAUGACAAACCAGUGAACUAUGUCAAAAGCACUCUCGAUAUUACAUUUGACAAAAAGUUUUGUACUUUUCACAUAGCUUGUUGCCCCGUAAAAGGGUUAACAGCACAAUUUUUUAAAAAUAAAUUAAGAAGUAUUUAUAGGAUUAAAGUGACUUCAUUUGUAUACAUUUGGAAUCUAAACCAGCUUAAAAAAAAAGUUUCCUCUAUGACUUAAGAUACGCAGUAAAACUGACGCUCUUCCGGAAUCCCACAUGAGACUUGGUCAGAAACAGAGCUUGGAAGGACAUUACACAGGAAAUCCAGAGUAACCCCUUGGAGGUUUCCCCCCUUUUGUUUUUUUGUUUUGUUUUGUUUUGUUUUGUUUUUUCCCCGAAGGAACAUCAGUACCUGAUGUCGAAGAAAUUCAAGAUUCCAAAAGAGAAUUUUAAGCCUAUACCAACAGGAGAGCUCGGUAGUGAGUCAGUGUAGGCUUUCCGCACAGCAUGUUCCGAGCUGUUCCCGGCUUGGAGGUCUGCUCUGGUGGGGUCCGGCACGAGUGGAAAGCAGGUGUGACCACCGGGGAAGUUCAUAGCAUGACCCAGCGCGUUAGAAGACUCCACAGGGCACAGACCGAAACUGGGUUUCACACCUCCUAGUCCUGUGUCUGAACUGCCCGUAACGUUUUGACCUGUCGAGGGACGUACACGUACAGAACGCUCCUCAGUUUUUCAGAUCUUGCCAGACUGAACCUCAUUCCAAACUGGUGCUGUGGGUGGUCUUUGCCUCCCCCUCCCCUGGUAGUUCAAGGAAAGGUGUCCUCCGUGGGGAAGCACUUUCAAUCCUGAGAAGUUCACGUCUGAAAGAAGCCAGAAGCCUCCCGCUCACAUUGUGCUUUUAAACCCCGUAGCAGCUGGACGCGGCGUGCGUACUUCGUCUCCUUGGGAACCACCUCCCCGUUCCGGCAGAGGGUCCGAGGGGACCGCGGCUGUUACGGUGGGGAGAGGAGCGGGGGUGCCCCCGAGAUGAGGUUCUGGCGAGGGAAAGGGCCUGUGCCAAGUCCCCUCUGGGGCCCGGGACCCUCAGAGCAGAGCGAGAAGGGCUCGGGUGUCAGGGACUCUCCUGUGGGGGCGGGGACGUCAGGGAGGGGAGACGAAAGAAAAACACAAUUGGCCUUAAAAUAGCACGGAUUCUCCCAAAAGCUCAUAGUAAGAGGAAGCGACAGACCGUGUCAGCAGAUGAUUUUAUCAAAUUGGUAUGUAAAAGGUUUCUUUAAGCUCCAUUUUGCAGAGACCCCCACUUAGAGAAUCAAGAAUUCCUGUUUUGAUACUUCUAAGUUACAAUAACGAUCUGUUACAGUUUAUCUGGUACUUCAUUUUUCUUAACUAAAAUUACUUCUUACUUUAAGCUUGAAUAAAAGUCUUCAUUGGUAACUGUAUAUAAUUCAGUGGCAACUUCUCUUUCCCGCAGUACAGUUAAGUCCAGGCACGUUUUCCGCCCCGAAGCCGUUAGGGCAUUAGGCAAUGCACCCCGUCUCCACAGUAGCAUCUCUGACGAACUGUGGGCCCAGAAACGCCACGGCUGCUGACAGGUUAGGUCCAGCGCGCUCCCUGAGGUCCGCGCCCGUCCGUGGGCUUCGGCCUCCGCUCCUCCCACUGCACCCGGCCGCCCCCACGCAGGAGGAGCCCAGUGCUCCGCGGGUAGUUGAGGACCUCUAAAAAAGCGGAAGAAAAGGGAGACACGCUGGCCAGGGAACAGAACUCCACUAAGGCGGAGUAACGAUGAUGCCGAGGACCCCGCGGUGUCCCGCACACGGGGGUGCCUCGCCGUGCCCGCUCCUGCACCUGCCGCGCGGGGGCCCGUAGGGCAGGCCGGGGGUGGCCCGUAGCUAUGAAGUGACCAGCUCCGCCAGGGCUCUAGUCUCUGCGUAGGCUCGAGAGCAAGGGGACGGCCAAGCCGGUACAACGUACUAACGUAGAAACUGAAAAGUACCAAUACUUUUUGCACAUAGAUCAAAACUAGAGUGGAGAAUUUGGCUCCAAAAAUCAGGUUAGUAGGCUCAUUUCCAUGUGCUUAAAAAUGUUUUUGUUCUUGUUGGUUGAUUAAGGGCUAGGGCAAGUCUAAAAUGGAAUGCCUUUUGCCUCCAAACAAUCGGUUAUCGACAGUACAGUGUCGGAUGUGAGGCGGGUGGGGGUGGCGACGGAGAAGUUGGGGGAGGGGGGGCGGGGAGGGGUGACCGCUAGCGUCCCUACCCUCCGCGUUCCCGCUGCUCCUCUAGGUCAGGCAGACAUGUUGUGUUUAAACCAGGUAAGUCGCUUAAACAGGAGAUUGUGCCGGCGAGCGUCCCCACGGAUUGGCCGGUGUUCGUGGGUGGGAGAGCAAAAGGGAUUACUUAACUUUAAAUACAAACUAAGUGAUUCGAGUCACCUGCCUAGUUGUAAGGGGGGGAAAAAAAAUCCUAACUCCUCGUCAGUAUUUUAGUCUGAAAUCCCGCUCGUAGAAAUACGAUCUUUUCGUUCUUAAGCGUGUUCUCCCUCUAGAGUGGCGUUCCGUGACAUUAAUAGAAAACCCUUCUUCCCCACCCCUCCCCACCUUGAAAUUUUCUUUUUUAGGAUGUUGUUUCCUGCACACAAGAACUGACCUAGCACUCUGCUCACGGUGGUAAAUAUAUCGUACAUCUCUUGAAAGGGAGAUAUCUGUCAGGUUCUUUCACAGCAGAAGAAUGGCAGCUUUUGAAUGGGGAGGAAAGAAGACGUUUUUCUUAAUAUCCUUUUGGUCCCGUCUCUAAGACGUACACGUACCUCGCUUUAAUUUUUAACUUCCCGUUUAGACUUCAGCAACUGUCUUUCGGCGUUCCUCUCCAAAAGAGUCCUUGGGUUUUCAAAACCAUCCCCGAUUCCAUCGAAACUGCUCACUUUAAGAGAAGAGGUGAAUUUGCGUUUCUUUACGCUUAGACACUUUCUAAAAACAGGGUGAACUUCGUUGCAAUCCUCAGUGUUGUUGAGCUGUUGUCACAGUAGCUGCCCUCUAGUUGCAGAAACGAAAUCCAUAAAAGCCCGCCCCCUGUCUACUUAGUCCGGGUAGGCUGGACUGAAUGAAACUACUAGUGUAAAAACGUGUGCGUGUUGUGUGUCUGUGUGCAAGAGAGCGUACCGAACUCAUAAAAAGCCCUAGAAACAGCUUUCUGGGCUCUUCGUGUCAAUUUUAGGAAGUCUCGUGCACAUGUGAAGUGCCCUCUCUGAACUCAAGGUCUGGUUAAUACUGGUAUAUUUUUAUAAGACUCAGAUGUGUCCCCCACGCUUAAACGUUUGCGUUACCGGGGUCAAUGUGCUAAAACGGAGUCGUAACAUUUUUAGGCACGGAUGGAAAAAAUGUCAUUGGCUCCUUGAAAAACGUGUGUGUGUGGCGAGGGGAAUAGAUCCACAAAAGCAUGUAUGUACUUUAACAAACCAAGCUGUAGAGAUCAGGGAAAGAACUUAAGUGUUGAUCUCAAGAUACCUAAAUUGUCAAGAUUUACAUGGCAUUGUGGUGGAACUAGUUAACGCUUAGAGCUUUCGGUAUGUAAUAACUAUUGCUAUGGACUGAUUCAGUGUUUCAAAGGAUUGUGUUCUUAAAUUUGGGGGAGUUCUGGUUUUUUGUUUCUGGUUUUUUUUUUUUUUUAACUGCCUCUCAGAUUAUAUUUAGUAGUUUAAAUUUCUUGGCUUUAUUAUUUCAUUAAAGCAUAAAAAACUUCAGGUCUCCGGUAUUUAUUUUCACUUGUUCUACUAAUUAUUUACAAAACAUUCUUUGUUAACUUUUAUUUUAUAAAUGUGUAGUAUAUUAAGCGUCUUUAAAAUUUUGUUCAAUUGAAACUACAUUAACUUUGAUUUGCUUUACUGGGAUUUUUUUUUUUUUUUAAUACACCUUUUCCGUGUCAGUGCAUAGCACUUAACCCAAUUGUUUGUAUUCCCUCUCAAUCCAAUAAACAGAAUGAAUAAG